AUGAGGACGGGUGGACUCUGCAUCAUCUUCACCUGGACUCACAGCCUUCCUGAGAAGACGUUUCACAGUCCACAAGGCACACUGAGCCAAACUCCCCCUCCCGCUGCAGUAUACGUCAUGGUGUUACACAUCUUCCUGGAGUACAAAGCUCUGCACAUGCUGAUUGGUCUGCUGACUGAUCAGCCUGAAGAGGUCCUGGUCAAUGUAGUGGGAGCUCUGGGACAGUUUGCUCAGAUCCAAGCUAACAAGGCCGCCAUCUGCAACGGUGGGGGCAUAAGGGCUCUCAUUAAUCUGCUCAAUGGAACAAACCAGGCUCUGCUUGUAAAUGUAGCAAAGGCUGUGGGAGCUUGUGCCACAGAAAGGGACAACGUGGCAAUCAUUGACCAGCUUGAUGGAGUCCGCCUGGUUUGGUCACUACUAAAGAAUCCCAAUGCAGAAGUUCAGGCUAGUGCUGCAUGGGCCAUUUGUCCGUGCAAAGGGACUCCCAGCCAGCCAUCAUCAGUAUUCCUGAGGAAAAGCUUCCUGUGUGUCGGGGGCUCUGUGGCCCUGGCAGCUCCCUCACUGGCCUGCACUGUGCACACGCCUCAUCCUCUGGCAUGGAAUCACAGGGCCCAUACACUGCACUGA